GCAGGCAAACAGCAGUCAGGACAAAGCCGAGCUAGGAGAGGCCCCCAGCAGCCUUGCCAUCUAAACACUUGCCAGACCUGGCCAGCAUGGUUGUCCUGAAUCCAAUGACUUUGGGAAUUUAUCUGCAGCUCUUCUUCCGUUCCAUCAUGUCUCAGCCGACUUUCAUCAACAGCGUCCUCCCAAUUUCAGCAGCCCUUCCUGGCCUGGAUCAGAAGAAGCGGGGCAGUCACAAAGCAUGCUGCCUGCUGACCCCACCACCACCCCCACUGUUCCCACCACCAUUCUUCAGAGGGGACCAAAGUCCGCUUCUCUCCUCAGACAUGAAGAAUCUCCUUCUGGAACUCGAGGCCUCACCAUCACCCUGCAUGCAAGGCUCGCUCGGCUCUCCUGGGCCCCCCGGCCCCCAGGGACCACCUGGGCUUCCUGGCAAGACAGGACCAAAGGGAGAAAAGGGGGAGCUUGGCCGCCCAGGAAGGAAGGGUAGACCUGGCCCCCCAGGUGUUCCUGGCAUGCCGGGGCCCAUUGGCUGGCCAGGCCCUGAAGGACCUAGGGGUGAAAAAGGCGACCUGGGUAUGAUGGGCUUGCCAGGGUCAAGAGGACCAAUGGGCUCUAAGGGCUACCCUGGAUCCAGAGGGGAAAAGGGAUCCAGAGGUGAAAGGGGUGACUUGGGUCCCAAAGGAGAAAAGGGCUUCCCAGGAUUUCCUGGAAUGUUGGGGCAGAAAGGUGAAAUGGGUCCAAAGGGGGAACCUGGGCUAGCAGGACACCGAGGACCCACGGGAAGACCAGGAAAACGAGGCAAGCAGGGACAGAAGGGAGACAGUGGAGUUAUGGGCCCACCUGGCAAGCCUGGGCCUUCUGGUCAACCUGGCCAUCAAGGUCCUCCAGGGCCCCCAGGCCCCCCAUCUGCAGGACAACUUGUAAUGGGACUCAAAGGGGAAAGAGGAUUUCCGGGGCCUCCAGGAAGAUGUCUUUGUGGACCCCCUGCAAAUGUGAAUAACCCUUCCUAUGGGGAAUCUGUGUAUGGACCCAGCUCUCUGCGAGUUCCUGCGAUUUUUGUGGUCAACAACCAGGAGGAGCUUGAGAGGUUGAACACUCAGAAUGCCAUUGCCUUCCGUAGAGACCAGCGAUCUCUGUACUUCAAGGACAGCCUUGGCUGGCUCCCAAUCCAGCUGACUCCUUUCUACCCUGUGGGUUACACGAUAGACCAGCAUGGCACCUGUGGGGAUGGAGUCCUACAGCCCGGGGAGGAGUGUGAUGAUGGUAACCAUGAUGUGGGUGACGACUGCAUUGACUGUCACCGGGCCUACUGUGGAGACAGUCACCGGCAUGAGGGUGUGGAAGACUGUGAUGGCUCUGACUUUGGUUACCUGACAUGCGAGACCUAUCUCCCGGGAUCAUAUGGAGACCUUCGGUGCACCCCGUACUGCGACAUUGACUCCACACCCUGUCGCUACUUCACUUGAGGGGCACAAGGAGCAGGUUGGCUGCAGCCCAUGUAGCCCAUGUGGAUAGCAGCUCCUCUACCCCUCACAUCAAGCUGGCCUUGCCCUCUCCUGGGCCAGUGUCUACUGACCUUCAUGUGACAAAACAAGGACACAUUCUUGUUACUAAGAUGUGCUUUUGACUCAGUCUGACUGGAAGAAUUUCAGACCACUGCAUCCUGUCUUAAUCCAAAGUACCGGAAACCUUCCACAUGCCCACCUUGGGUACUGUACUGUUCGCCAACUCUACCAUCCAGCUCAACAGCUGGCUGUAAUGCCCGUUCUCUUCUGGAAUGGCACUGGCCCAGGCCACAGACUUGGCUUAGCACUGUUAGACACAUGGGAACAUGUGGGCUGAUGUGGUUUGUCCUAAUUUCAUCUGGGGGAUGCUGGUGCACAGGCUUCUGCACCCCUCAGACCUCCAGACACAGCCAUUCUCACCCAGGCUGGCCAGCUGCAGGUCUCUCGAGAUUUGAGAACCACAGAGCAGGAGGUGGGUAUCUUUUCUCCAGGCGGCUCACAGCUUCGGACCUGCUGAGGGAUCCUUCAACUGGCUAGAGCCCAGCCCAGCUUCGUAUGGCUAAGGUGCCCCCAGGAAGAGACCCAGCUAUCCAAAGGUACUAAGAAAACCACAAAACCCAUGUUCAUACCUGAGAAGAGGGUAAAAGCUCAGCUGGGUCACUUGCCAUGUGAGCCAUAGGAGAGCAGAAGCCUUCCUCCUCU